AAAAAGCUUUUCGAAAAAGAACAUUGCUAUGUUCUCGAGCUGGCUUUGCUGAAUCAAAAGAAUGUAAUUCAACUGAUGAAAUUUCAAAAAAAUAAUGAAAUCGAUUUAUGGCAAAUUAUUAAUAUGGAUCUUACUCAUAAUCAUUUAAUGAUCAAAGAAAAUCAUAGAUUUUUUAUGUAUAUUAAGCAAAAUAUUCUUGAUGAUGUUAAACAGCAAAUAGAAUUAUUACAUCAAGCUGGUGUAGAUGUUCCAACAAUAUGUGCAAUAUUAAAAGAAGAAUUUGAAGGAUCAGGUUUAGAAAAAAGACAAUUAGAUGCUGAAGAGUUUGUAAAAAUAUUAGACCAAUUUAAAUACGAUGAUGCUGAAUUUUGUUAUUAUGUUGAUAUCAAUGAGGAUACAAAAAGACUAGAGGAACAAUAUGGAUCUUUCCUGAACAAU